AGAAAAACACGAGGAACGUCGGUGCAGUGAUACCUCCUCGCCUGUAGGUGGCGCCGGACAAUAUGGCGGCUGCACAAAAAAAGGGGUUGUUGUUAAAAUUUGUGUUGUCAAGAUGUCGGGCCACGACCAGCUGGUCCACUGCCUGUGUGAAUUAACAAGGUUGCUGUGGAAGCUGCUCCUGCCGCUGCUUUUCCUCUGCGUGCUGCUGGUCGCCGUCCUGGUCCUCUUGGUGCUGGCCGUGCGCUUCUGGCUGCAGAGCAACAGGAACGCUCGGCGGGCGAGGGACGGCCGCCCCACCGUGGCCUUUUUCCACCCGUACUGCAACGCUGGCGGCGGCGGAGAGCGGGUGCUGUGGUGCGCCAUCAGGGCGCUGCAGAGCAGAUACGCAGACAUCAACUUCGUGGUGUACACGGGUGACCUGGGCGUGACGGGUCCGCAGAUCCUCGAGGGAGCGCGCCGCCGCUUCAACAUCGUCCUCCCGCGCCCGGUUCAGUUCGUGUUCCUGAGGCACCGGCUGCUCGUGGAGCCGGGCCUGUUCCCUCACUUCACCCUGCUGGGACAGAGCGUGGGCUCCGUCUUCCUCGGGUGGGAGGCGCUGACGGAGUUCGUCCCGGACAUUUACAUCGACUCCAUGGGUUAUGCCUUCACCCUGCCUCUGUUUCGGUACCUGGGCGGGUGCAGCGUGGGGAGCUACGUUCACUAUCCCACCAUCAGCACUGACAUGCUGUCAGUGGUGAGAGAGAGGAACCCCAGGUUCAACAAUCCAGACUACAUCUCAAACAGCCUCUUCCUGAGUGCCUUCAAGGUGGUCUACUACUGCCUCUUCGCCCUGCUCUACGGCAUGGCCGGCUCCUGCAGCGACCUCAUCAUGGUCAACUCCUCCUGGACCCUGGACCACAUCCUGUCCCUGUGGCGCUCUCCCAACCGCACCAGCGUGGUCUACCCGCCCUGCGACGUCGGCGCCUUCUUGGACAUCCCGCUGGAGGAGGACGGGGACAGGAAGUGCCACUCGAUCGUCUCCGUCGGGCAGUUCAGGCCGGAGAAGGACCACCGGCUGCAGAUCCGAGCCUUCAAGAAGGUGUUGGACAGGAGGAGGGACGGGCGCGGGGGCAGGGAGGCGCUGAAGCUGGUCCUGAUCGGCGGAUGCAGGAACCAGGAGGACGAGGACAGGGUGCUCAUGUUGAGGGGGCUGUGCCAGGAGCUGGGGGUGGCCGACAGGGUGGAGUUUAAACUGAACGUACCUUUCGAGGAGCUGAAGAGAGAGAUGGGGGACGCUACGAUAGGACUCCACACUAUGUGGAACGAACACUUUGGAAUAGGGGUUGUUGAGUGUAUGGCAGCAGGGAAGGUCAUCCUGGCCCACAAGUCCGGCGGCCCCAAGCUGGAUAUCGUGGUACCUUUCGAAGGGGGACAGACGGGCUUCCUGGCCGACAACGAGGACGGUUACGCAGAAGCCAUAGAGAGGAUCCUGGCUCUGUCGCCCGCCAGCCGGCUGCAGAUCAGACGCAGCGCCCGCCAGUCCGUCGCCCGCUUCUCAGAUCAGGAGUUCGAGGCGUGCUUCCUCGCCGCCAUGGAGCCUCUGAUGGGAACACUUGAACGAUGAGAGGAGGACUCUUUCCUUCGAUGAACUUAGAGCUGCAUUUACUCCGUAGAACCGGUGGGAGAAUAGAAAUUUGUCCUAAAAGCAGCAACAUUCAACCUACUUAUAAAGGUUUAAAAUACAGUUUGAUUUAAGGUGAACACAAAUUAGUUACAGGAAAACCUUUCAUUUUCUUCACGUGCUGGGAGUUUGUAUAUUUUUUAAGUUAAAGUAAUAUAGAUUUCUAGCGGAAAGGGGAACAAACGAGUUGUGUGCUGAAAUUCUACACGGGCCCAAAAUGUGAAGUAUUUUUGAUAUUGUGAAUGUAAUAAUGAUAAAGUGAUACUUUUUUUUUGCCUUCACUGUUAACUUUGUUACUGUUAUAAAAAGACAAUCUAUUGUGUGCGUGAUUGUGAAUAAACUAACGGACGGAGGAAAGAGUUUUACAGUUAAAGAAGACCAACGUGAUGAAGUGGGGGGGGUAACUAUGGAAAACUAGAAUGCACAUAUUAUCAGAAAAGGCUAUUUUAUGACUCAGUUGUAUAAAUACGUGUAAAUCUCCAAUAAAAAGUUUUCUUCUA